AUGGCAUCGUGUGGAUAUUCCACAUUUGUUGGAGGGCCCUGUGGAGCUAGCCCUUCAAAUCCUGCAGAUGCAACGUGUGUAGCAAUAGACAAAUGCACAAAAGACGUCAAGUCUCACUUAAACCAACAUGACUGCUUUGAUUCGUCCUCGAAAACGGAAGCAGAUCUUCUUCUCGCAAGAGCAGGUAACUUAUUCGCACUGUAAGUAAAUAAAGCCUUUCCGGUGAGUUGACCAAGUUGAUGCACUUUUACUGCUUGUUAUUAUAUGGAAUUCGUUUUAUUUUAUUUCUUAAUAUUAAUUUGUUUAUGCGUGGCACCGCAACUCGAAAGACCUCUUAAAGGCAGCAACAUAGUUCUGGAAUUUGACUUACUAACUUUUGAUACUAACAGCUGACACAUUUUGCGAUUACUACAGGAUUGCUACAUGAAUUCACUGCAGCUUCUUUAUACAUUUUGUUUCAGGGAUUUUCAAAGUCGAUGAUAAUCAUAUUAAAAUGUCGAUUUGUCCACGACAUCGAGACGCCUUUGGCAUACGAUGGCGUAGCGGCAAAAGAACAUGUUUGGCUCCAAAAGACUGGGCGGCACAUAAGAGUAAACAAGUGAAGGGAGAUCAGGGUAUCACC